AUGGAAUUUCAAGGACGUGGAACAUGGCGCGAAUGCUGCCAAUGCCUGGCUUUUGUGUUCCUGGUUUUGUGUGUAAAGGCGUCUUUUGCUCAAAUAAGGUACUCGAUUUCUGAAGAAGUGAAAGACGGCACUGCAGUGGGAAAUAUCGCAAAGGAUUUAGGAAUCGACCCACGGUCGCUGAAAGAAAGGGGAUUUCGAAUUGUGUCCAACUCGAAGGAUUCGUCCCUUUUCCAGAUCAACGAGGAUGACGGCAUAUUGUACGUGAAGGGGAAGAUAGACCGAGAGGAGGUUUGUGAAAGAAGCAGCGUGUGCCUGAUAAAUCUCAAAACCGUCUUGGAAAAUCCGUUAGAGGUGCAUUAUGUGGCCGUAGAGAUCGCGGAUGUUAAUGAUCACGCUCCUAUUUUCCCCGAGCGAGAGAAACGGUUGGAAAUAUCGGAGUCCGCCAUGCCUGGCGCGCGCUAUCAGCUUCAAGCGGCUCGUGAUCCAGAUGGAGGUACUAAUGGCAUACAGUUGUACAAAUUAAGCAGUAACGACCAUUUCCGUAUUGAUGUGAAAGAGCGGGGUGAGGAUAGGAAGAUGCCCCUUCUCAUUCUGCAGAAACCGCUAGACAGAGAGGCAAAGAGAAACCAUAAACUACUGCUCACUGCUGUUGAUGGAGGUAAACCCCCGAAAUCUGGCACAAUGGAAAUCAUUGUAGAUGUGUUAGACGUCAACGAUAACAUGCCAGUAUUCACAAAGGAAUCAUAUACUGUCAGUUUGAAUGAAAAUUCACCUGUAGGAACAGCUGUAAUUCAAGUUAAUGCCACUGACCAGGACAACGGUCCAAAUGGUGAGGUCUUUUACUCAUUUGGGCAAGAUGUAGACAGCGAGGUGCUGAAACUUUUUGAUUUAGACCCCAAUACAGGGAAAAUCUUUGUGAAAGGAGAUAUAGAUUUUGAGGAGCAAAAAGGCUACGAGAUUGAUAUACAGGCUUCAGAUAAAGGCCAAGCUCCUUUGACGGCAGACAAAAGCGUAAUCAUUAAAAUUAUUGACGUUAAUGAUAAUAUCCCUGAGAUUGACGUAACGUCAUUCUCGAGUGCCAUACCUGAGGAUUCCAGGCCAGGUACUACAGUAGCACUUAUUAAUGUGCAUGAUCGAGAUCACGGUCUUAAUGCUAAAGUAUCCCUUUCUCUUCCUGAUGAUGCAGACUUUAAAUUAAUGCCAUCAUCGCAGGAUAAUGCAUACUCGCUGGUGACAAAGUCCAAACUUGACAGAGAAGCAGUAUAUGAACACGAAAUUGUUUUGAUUGCGAGGGACGCAGGUGAACCUUCACUGUCGUCAGUUAAAACCAUCAAGGUUAUUGUAUCAGAUGUAAAUGACAACAGUCCAGAGUUUUUGCAAACUCCGUACAUAUUUUAUGUGACAGAAAACAACGUGCCAGGUGAGCCAAUGUUUUCAGUUUCGGCCACUGACCGUGACCUGAAUGAAAAUGCAAUGAUUAGCUAUCAAAUUUGCAGAGAUUGUGACGACGAUAGUAAAUUCACAUCCGCUCUGAACAUCAACUCGGAAACCGGUGUGGUUUACGGUUUGAAAAGUUUUGACUUCGAAACUAUGAAAUCAUUUCAGUUUCACGUCAUAGCCACAGACUCUGGAACACAUGUGCGUAGUAGCAACGUCACAGUAACGGUCUUUAUUCUGGAUCAGAACGACAAUGCACCCAGAAUUUUAUCGCCACUCAGUAGUAACGGAUCUGCAGAAGGCGUGGAGGAGAUCCCGAGAAAUGCACACGCGGGCCAUUUAGUGGCUAAGGUAAAAGCGUAUGACCCCGACGUAGGAUACAACGGAUGGCUACUUUACGCGCUGCAAGAAGUUUCCGACCACACCCUCUUCAGCUUAGAGCGCUACUCUGGCCAGAUAAGAACUCUUCGGCCGUUCACAGAAACUGACGAAGCUCAGCACAGACUGGUCGUCUUGGUAAAAGACAACGGAAAUGUGUCUCUGUCAGCUACAGCGACCGUGGUCGUCAGUGUCGUGGAGCCAAAAGAGGCAUUCGCAGCCUCGGAUGUGAAAAGCCCCUUCCAAGAUGAAGAUGAGAACAAUGUAACUUUUUAUUUGAUCGUCACACUGGGGUCCGUCUCUACCCUCUUUGUAAUCAGCAUCAUUGUGCUGAUAGUCAUGCAGUGCUCAAAAUCUGCAGACUACUCCUCCAAGUAUUUGCAGGAUACAAACUAUGACGGGACACUGUGCCACAGUAUUCAGUACAGAUCUGGAGACAAGAGGUACAUGCUGGUUGGGCCCCGGAUGAGUAUUGGAUCUACCAUAGUGCCAGGGAGUAAUGCCAACACACUAGUGGUGCCAGACCGCAGGAGCAGAGCUUCCAUAGAGUUGACCGAGAAUUAGAAAGGAGGCAAAUUUCCGCG